GGCCUGGCUGCGAUCUGAUGGCCAUGCAAAUGCGAGCAAUGAGUACGGAGUGCAGCCGCGUGCCGGUGUCUCUGUGCCUUGGUAUUCUAGUUCCAGUUCCAGUUCUAGACCCCAGCCUUACAUCAACUUGAGGCAAUAGAAUAGUUCAACUGGUCCUCUCGAGCGACACCAAAAAGGGGGGCCUUCAAGACACUCGGCCGAACUCUCCUCUUGCUUCUUCAACAACAACUUCCCACAAACAUUGAUACCGCCAGCUCCAUCGCGACCUCGAUCCAUUCAAUUCGAUUCAAUUCAUACUGUACAAUCAGACUACACCUUUCAAUUGUCCAAAAUAAUACCAAUCUUACAAUCCUUGUACACAGGGAAGCUCCAGAAGGCAAACACCAAGGCUCCCUCACGAUGCUUCGCUCUUCGCGCCAACUCGUGCGGCUCGCUCCGCGCAAAGUCGCAACUCCCUCAACAGUCUCUUCAACGUCCUUCUCCACGAGAGCUCCGUCGACUUCUCUUCACACCCCCAGACGACCUGCUUCGGCCCUCCAGGCUCGUCUGGCUCCCCUGUCCCUCCAAGCACGAUACACAAAUUCGCCCUACGACAAGAUCGACAAGAAGGCCGAGGCUGAGAUUGCGAAAAAGAAGCUCGAGUCUCAUCCUGAAGAGGUUUCGACCGAGUCGUCUAGAAUCCACCUAUUUGAGCCGGAACCCGCCAAAACACAAAAGGAAGAGGACCUCACCGGAGGACUAAAGAAGGAGUUGAACAUUGUCAAGGACACCUUCAAUCUUAGCGAAGUGCCAAGGGAGCCCUACUUGCUCGGUCUUGCAGGCACUCUUCCCUACCUCGCAACAUCCCUAAGCACAGUCUAUCUGAGCUGGGACCUGAACCUCGAAUGGCCCUCUACGUCGACCUUUGCAAACCAUAUUUAUAUGAACCAUGAGUCAGCACAAUACUGGCUGAGCCUUCUCGAGCCCAUCCAGCUCGGAUACGGCGCCAUCAUCGUCUCCUUCCUCGGAGCAGUCCAUUGGGGCAUGGAGUACGCCGAGAAGACGCCCCAUCCCACCCGAACAAAGUUCCGCUACGGCAUGGGUGUCGUCGCGCCUAUGAUUGCCUGGCCCUCCCUUCUCAUGCCCGUCGAAUAUGCCCUUACCUCACAAUUCGCCGCCUUCACCUUCCUCUACCUCGCCGACACCCGAGCCAAGAACAAGGGCUGGACCCCUCAGUGGUAUGGAAUCUACCGUUUCGUUCUGACUGCCAUUGUCGGAGUUUCCAUCUUCGUCAGCUUGGUUGGUCGCACCAAGAUCGGUAAUGCGCAACCCCACAUCGGCGAGGGUCUAGCCGAGAGCAUGCACUUGGGCAAGACCGACACCAGCAAGGAUUGGGCUAAGCUUGAAGAGGAGGAGAGGAAGAAGCAAAAGAAGGAGAAGGAGGAGGCCGAGAAGAAGAAGAAGGAGGAAGAGAAGAAGCAAAAGGAGGAGGAGAAGAAGAACGCCAAGAAGGGCGACUCCAAGAGCAAGACCAAGAAGGACGACAAGAAGGACACCGGUGCCAACAAGAAGGACGACUCCGAGGAGGAGGAGGGGGCGGAGGAGGAGAAGGAGAAGAAGGAAGAUGAGGACAACAACAAGGGUGAAUCCAAGGAUGAAAAGUCCGAGGAUGAUUCCAAGGACGCUUCUAAGGAUGACUCCGAGAAUGAGGGUAAGGACGAGUCCAAGGAAAAGUCCAAGUCCAAGGACGUGGGCAAGGAGAAGGAGAAGAAGGAGUAAAGGCUUUCUAAGGCUGAUUCCUAUAGACGUCUGGAAUCCCCGCGACUCAUCAUUUCCUAAGUACUAUAGCUGUAUUUGCGCGGUGUAAGGGCAUUGCGAGCCAUAUUGAACGGACAAGGCGUUUGAGGCAUUACGUUUAUACUGUUCUAGCAAACACUAUAUUCAAGCAAGCUAUACAUUAUUCAAGUAAGAC